AUGUCCUCCAUGGAAACUUCUAUGUCCCUGUGGCUUUACGAGACCAACUGCUCGUGUAUCCCACUGCUGCGGUGUCUCUGGUUCAUCACCCCCUCAUUCCUUUUUUCCUUUUGCAGCUACUCCCGGAACCGGACCUUUGACACGUAUAUCGGGCAGGGCUACGUGAUCCCUGGGAUGGAUGAAGGCUUGCUUGGUGUUUGCAUUGGAGAGAAGCGGAGGAUUGUGGUCCCCCCUCACUUGGGGUACGGAGAGGAGGGUCGAGGGAACAUCCCUGGCUCAGCUGUGCUGGUGUUUGACAUCCACGUGAUCGACUUCCACAACCCCUCGGACUCCAUCAGCAUCACCUCCCACUAUAAGCCCUCCGACUGCUCAGUGCUGAGUAAGAAAGGGGAUUACCUCAAGUAUCACUACAAUGCCUCCCUCCUGGACGGGACUCUGCUGGACUCCACGUAAG